GAGCGGUUCCUGAACUCGAGCGCGGGCGGGCUGUGCGCGUCCAGCGGCGCCGACACCGUGCGGCUGGCGCGCGCGCUGCUGGGCGCCCCCCCGCACCCGCCCCGCCUCGCCGCGCUGCAGGACUUCCUGCUGCUCAUGCAUCAGGCCAGCGACACAUUCGUCACUCACUCGAGGGCCAACUUCUAUUUCCUGCUGACAGCGGAGACACAGGAAACUAGCGAGUUCACAGACUCCUUCAAACGGAAGUCAUCAAGGCGGUACAGACGGACGGACGCGGCCAGGGUCCGCGCGUCCGGGGACCCGCCCGACGGCGCCUCGAGCGACAGCAACCUCAUCCUGCUCAAGGACAUGGCUCAGAGCGGACACAACGAGGAAGGGACGGACAGCAGCGCGGAGUCCACCAAACAGUUGAAGGGGAUCAUCAACGCGCAGAUUAAGGAAGGCAGGAAGAAUAUGUCGUCAGCGUCUGAACAGUCCGACGCAACUACCGAGAAGGGUGCGGAGGGGAGCGGGGGGGAGCAGCGAGGGGACGAGCUGAACGACUACAUCGUCGUCGAGCUGGACGAGCUCAACCCUGAGCCGCAAGAACCGCACGAACCGCCCGUCGCCCGCAUGUACCAGCGCCGGGUCCGCGCGGGGGCGGCGCCGGGCUGGACGGCAUGCGAGGGCCUGCUGCUGCUGCUCCGGGACGCCAUCGCCACGCUGCCCGAUCACGACCUUGUACAAAGCAGCGGCGUGGCGGAGCGGCUGGUGGUGCUGGGCAAGCACCGCGCCGCCUGCGUGCGCGCCGCCAUCGUGCGGGCCGCCGCCGCCCUGCAGCGCCGCGCGCCCGCGCCCGCGCCGCCGCUGCACUACCUGCACCUCGCCAACCAGAUAGCGCUCUACGAGGGAUCGUGGGAGCUGGCGGCCUCGUGCGCGGCCCUGCUCACCAAGUGCGACGUGCCGCUGGAGGACCAACUAGAUGAAGACAUCUGGCUGGACGUGACGGAGGAGUCCAUGUACCGCAGCCCGCCGCUGCUGGCGCUCCUCCCGCGCUGCCUCCGCGACGUGCCCCUGGCGCAUAACAUCACGCUCAUCAUCAGGAGGAUCGUCGAUAAGGCAUCUAUUAAACUAAUAAGCGAAGUGGCCGUAGUGGAGGUGGUGGUGCGCAGCAUCAGAGACGUGGGGAUGAUGAGCGAGCCCGAGUUUGAGGGUCGGGAGCUGUUGCUGGGCGACCUGCACGAGAUACUCAACAGGAUCGCCGUCAAGGUCCUGGACAACGUACACCUCAGCGCGCAGCCGAUCAUAGAUAUGCACCACCUGCUGAGGUUCGCCGAGGGCGAGGGCGGGGCGGAGGGCGCGGGGCGGCGGCGGGCGCUGCGGGACGCGCAGGUGUCGCUGUACGGCGCCCAGCUGGACCGCCUGCAGCACCUGCUGCACCAGCCGCACCACCACAAGCACGCCAACUACUUCGCUAACGUGCUGACGUCGGCGGUGUCCCUGGGCGACAGCACGUCCCGCACGGAGCUGGCAGCGCGUCACCAGGCCACCGUGCUGCGCGCCGUCAACUUCCUGCUGCAGCAGACGCCGCGGGAAGCCGCGCCGCAGGAGCUGGUGCUGUUCGAGAGGUUGUUGGCUACGUUACUGCUGGCGGUGAGCGAGAGCGGGCGCACGCGUCGCUGGGCGGGCGGCGCGGGGGGCGAGUGGGGGGCGGCGCUGCACGAGCUGGUGUGCUGGGCGGCGGCCCCGCUGGCGCCGGCGCGGGCGCUGCAGCCGGCCCUGCUCCGCCAGCUGUACUGCACGCCGCUGCCGCUCGUCACGCCGCCGGACCCGCACGCCAUGAGGAAGCUCCAGCUUAUCAAAUGACACCAGCUUUACUGCGGAUAUGUACUGUGAGGAACUGGACACAAGGACGGAGAAUCUCCGGCCAGCGUUGGGCAAUCGCACGUCCCCGCUGCUCCUACACAGCAACGCUCGACCUCACACGGCACAACAGACGGUCUCGAAGCUACAAGAGGACAGGAUAGAGAAGAGAUUGAAAGUUCUGCGCCAUACCCCGUACUCACCAAACUUUGCGCCGACAGACUUCUACUUUUUCCAAAGUUUGGACAACUUCUUGGUAGAGAAAACAUUCAAUAACCUAAAGGCAGUAACAAAAUUCCUUUUAAAAGUUUUUUGGGUCCCGGACACGACUUCUUCAAGAAGGAUAUUAAAAAAUUACGACUGUGCUGGCAGAGAUGCAUCAAUACCAUGAGUGCAUAUUUUGAUUGAUGGAAGUAAAAUAUAUUUAUAAAAAAAAUUACUAGUUUUUU